AUGGCUGUCUACCUUAUUUCCAGGAUCGCCGAUCCCAUCUUCGCCCUGUCGAUGGGCGUCUCUGCUGCUCUUACCCGCAUUCAACGCGACCAGCGGGAGAAAUUCCCCGAGCGAGCAUCGGAGAUCACAUACGGGAGCAUUGUACAAACGAGCGGGCAGCGGUUACAGCGGUGGUGGAAUGGCGAUUUCCAGAAUGUUUGA